ACAAGGUUGGGUCCUCUGAGGGGACGGGGCGCACGGGGGUGCCCGGGCCUGGCGCUGCCUCUCUGAACGUUUUUCAUGACGAGAAGGGACAGGCUCCCGGCGCCGGGAAGUUCUGGCACCGAGCACGGAAAGUCUCUCCGCGCAACAACCGCGGUCCGGCGGGCCAGCUGCGGCCCCGGGCGGGGCGGCAGACACAGCCCGAGGACUGAGGGGCCCCCGGAGCGGGCCUGCCCCCACCGCCCCCGGCGGCCUCGGACGCUCUUCCCGGGCAGGACCGUGAGCCGCGCUCCUCCGAGGCGACCUCUCUCCCUCACGCACGCACAAACGCUCCCGAAGCGGUGCGUUGAGGGCGGGAGAGGCGGGAAUCCCCCGCCUCGCCGCGCGGCGGGUCCCGGGCGCGGGGUGGUGAGGAACCCGCUGCCGCGCCCCGCUUCCCGCCCCAGGCGGGGCAGGCCGGCGGCGCCUCGCGAGUCUGCUCGGCCCGGGCAGCUGAUGGCAGAAACUUCAGCGGCGCCGACGGCGCAUGCCCGCGCGGCUGGCGCAUGCUCUGUAGCGGCGAGGGACGAGGAGCGGAAUCCGGCACUCGGCAACGUUCGGCGGUUUUCGUGCAGGCCGGGCAGCCAUUUUCUCACAGCCUCCUUGUACGCGUCGCCUGCGCGGCUGUCUGUCCCGCUUGUCCGCGCUUUGUCCUGCUCGGCGAUGGACGGCAUUGUCACUGAUGUUGCAGUUGGUGUGAAGCGGGCCCAAGCUGUUCUUCAGGCAGUGACGGCUGUGCAGGCAACAAAUGCUCCCAUUAGCGGGACCACUGUUAGUGAGAGUGCAGUGACUCCAGCUCAGAGUCCAGUACUUAGAAUAAUUAUUGACAAUAUGUACUAUCCGGUAACCUUGGAUGUUCUUCAUCAGAUAUUCUCUAAAUUUGGUGCUGUAUUGAAGAUAAUCACAUUCACAAAGAAUAACCAGUUUCAAGCUUUACUGCAGUAUGGCGAUCCAGUAAACGCACAGCAAGCAAAGCUAGCCUUAGAUGGUCAAAAUAUUUACAAUGCUUGCUGUACCCUACGGAUUGAUUUUUCCAAAUUGGUGAAUUUGAAUGUCAAGUACAACAACGAUAAAAGCAGGGACUACACUCGUCCUGAUCUUCCAUCUGGUGAUGGACAGCCAGCGCUGGACCCAGCCAUUGCUGCGGCAUUUGCAAAGGAGACGUCUCUUCUAGGGCUUCCUGUUGCAGCUGUUCCAGGAGCUCUGAGUCCUUUGGCUAUUCCAAAUGCUGCUGCUGCAGCUGCAGCUGCUGCUGCUGGCCGUGUGGGAAUGCCUGGAGUUUCAGCUGGUGGCAAUACAGUCCUCCUGGUUAGCAAUUUAAAUGAAGAGAUGGUUACGCCCCAAAGUCUGUUUACCCUCUUCGGUGUUUAUGGCGAUGUGCAGCGUGUGAAGAUUUUAUACAAUAAGAAAGACAGUGCUCUUAUACAGAUGGCUGAUGGAAACCAGUCACAGCUGGCCAUGAGCCAUCUUAAUGGACAAAAAAUGUAUGGAAAGAUUAUUCGGGUUACCCUUUCUAAGCAUCAGACAGUACAACUACCUCGAGAGGGACUUGAUGACCAAGGGCUGACUAAGGAUUUUGGCAAUUCACCUUUGCAUCGCUUCAAGAAACCUGGUUCAAAAAACUUUCAAAAUAUAUUCCCUCCUUCUGCAACACUUCAUCUGUCCAAUAUUCCACCGUCAGUAGCAGAAGAGGAUCUACGCACAUUGUUUGCUAACACUGGAGGCACUGUGAAAGCAUUUAAAUUUUUUCAAAGAGAUCACAAGAUGGCACUUCUUCAGAUGUCAACAGUAGAAGAAGCUAUUCAGGCUUUGAUUGAUCUUCACAAUUACAAUCUGGGAGAAAAUCACCAUCUGAGAGUUUCUUUCUCUAAGUCAACUAUUUAAAAAGGCAGAUUGAAAAUGAGGGUGUAUUGCAUUGUUUGGUGUUGUCACCUAUUGACUGUUCAGGAAAGUGGGGACCAGAGUUUGUCUUCUGUUGUCUUUUUUUUUUUUUUUUUUUUUUUUUCCCCAUGCUGUUAUCAUUCCUUGGUUGUUUUAAAAAAUAAAAAAUAUACAAAAAUUUAAAAAGCAGUGAUACUAACUGCUGUUGUUCAACUGUUGUUUGGAUAAACCAUCAUUUUGUUUAAAAGACUUCAAGUUAAUACCACAGUUUUUCAACUUAGUUGACGUACGUGCCUUAAAAAGGAAAACUAGUACUGCUGGAAUUGCAUAACUAGUAAAAAGCAAAUUUGGUUGUCUGGGGCACAUUGUUACAUGAUAAUUUAAAUAUGUUUAGGCAGGGGUGUGUAAAAAGGUUAAGCUUUUGUUUCUCCUGCUUGAUAGAUUUCUUUAUCUUCUAGCUUUUCACUUACUUUUCUUUUUAAUUGGAUAAGAUGCAUUAUGCUGAAAGAGUAAAAUGACAUUAUUUGAUUUCCGUUACUUUUUGCUUUGUGCUCUUUUUUUCAAAAGGCCUUUUGUAUUUCAUGGUUCUGGUCUAGAUUCAGUUAUGAAUGUAGGCAUUAGUUAAAAUUAACAAGGUACAGAAUAUUAAUUUCUUAAAGGACAAAAAGUGACUUCUGUGACUUUGAGCCCUACGUGAAAAGCAUUGUGGAAUCUUAACCUUUUUGUACACACUCUUGUGGGAUGUAUCAUAUAAAUGUCAGCACUAAGUAAUGUCUUGUUUGUGGCUGAAUAUUUUUCGUAGAUGUUUGGAGUUGACAUGACUUAUGUGCAUUUCAAUAUAUAUUGCCAUCUUUAGUUUGUAAUUAAGAUAUGGAAUAUGGUUGUGGAUUUCUGAGCAUGUACAGACUGGUCAAGCUAGUUCAGGAAAUGGUGCAUGUAUUUUUCAAUGAUGAAGAAAGUUUGCUGCAAAUGCUUGCAGGAAAUCUUGUGGCAGUUUUCUAAAACUGACAACCAGGUGGGACCAAAGUUUAUGUGCCUUUAGUCUUAAUUUACCUUGCAUUGUAAUAUUCAGUUUUAAUAAAUCUCUUCAAAAUAUUUUGUAUUUAGAAAUUGAUCUGACUUUACUAUAAACAUGGCUCAGAAUCUACAGAUCCAGUUAAUUUGAAAGCAGUUCUAUGUCAGUCUGAACUGUUACCUUGAUUCUGUUUAAAUGACCAAUACUUUUUGAAAUUGAUGUACUUAGUUUCAAGAUUCAUAGAUUCUGUUAUCUAUGUAGAAAAAAAAAAGGUCAUGUAUAUUUUCUAUUAGUUGAGUUUUUACAUCUUUAGAAUUGUAAAAUUCAGUAUAGUUUGAAAGUGGCACAAUUAAAAAUUAAUUUUCUAACAAAGUUGGGAGGUUUGACGGUUGUUUAAUUUCAUUUUGUGUGUACUCUGCUUACCUCUGUAGCAUGCUCAAUAAACACUUCUGUAGCUCUGUA